AUGUUGCCCAUUAUCUUCUCCGUAUUCCUCCUGUCUGCUUGCUGCUUAAACAAGGGUAACUGCAUUUCCUACGAUGAGCUGAGAGACCUGAAGACUGAAUUUGCUAUCGAUCUCUAUCACCACAUCUCUGGAGCAGAGAACAGAACCAACGUGGUCGUUUCCCCAGCAAGCGUGGCCAUUUCUUUGGAGCUGCUGCAGUUUGGAGCUCAAGGAAAUACCUUUACAGAGCUGCAGGAUGCCCUAGGAUACAACAUUCAUGAUCAAAGUGUGCAGGAUUUUUUACACGCAGUGCAUGAAGGAGCAGCCAACUCUGGCCAGGGCACAGUGGUCCAGCUGGCGUGUUCCUUCUUCGUGCCCACCGGCGUGAUGCUCUCGCCCCACUUCGCUGCACGUGCCGCGCACUGGGCAAACAGCAGCCUGCAGCAAACCGACUUCACCGACCCCAACCGAACCGCAGCCCAAAUGCAGGAGUGGAUCUCCAGUAACCUCAGAGAUGGGGAUGUGCACAGCCUGCCUUUGGAGGGAGCUGUGUCGCCACUCAGUCGGGUCACUGUGGUGAGCACCAUGUACUUCAAAAGCGUGUGGCUAAAGAAGUUUUCCUUUAUGGAUACACAGAUCUUGCCUUUUACCACGGCGGAGGGCUCAAUCCUGAAACUGCCCACAAUGCAUCACACAGCUGAAGUUAACUACGGCCAAUUCCAGACAGCAACUCUGGAGCCUUUCAGUGUGGUUGAGUUACCCUACCUAGGGGAGAAACUCAGCAUGUUCAUAGUGCUUCCCAGUCACAGAAGAACACCUUUGUCCCAGGUUGAGUCUCACCUUUCUGCCAAAACCAUAACACACUGGACCAGCAGCUUAAAGAGGAUGAAGAUGGACGUUUUUCUACCUAGGUUCAGUAUUCAGAGCCUUUUUGACCUAAAGACAGUUUUUUCUGCCUUGGGAAUUAGAGACGCAUUUGAUCCCAUCACUGCUAAUUUUAAAGGCAUUUCAGAGCAAGCUGGUCUUUAUAUUUCAGAAGCCAUUCACAAAGCAAAAAUUGAAGUAACAGAAGAUGGUACGAAGGCAUCAGGAGCUACAGCAAUGGUAUUACUAAAAAGAUCUCGAACACCUAUUUUCAAAGCAGACAGACCAUUUACUUUUUUCCUGAGACAAGCUAAUACAGGUUCAGUACUCUUUAUAGGAAGAAUUACAAAUCCUUCAUGA